UGAAUCCUGUGACAACCUCCUAUUGCUCCAAGGUCUCACAUCCUCACCAAACGCAACAACAACAACAACAACAACAGCACCCUCAAGCCUUCCGCAGUAUCAACUGAGCUUUCUUAGCAUCUGCCAAAAUGGACGCCUCGCGACAAGGAAUCGAAAACUCAGACCUCGAGAAGCUCAACGACAAGGACAAGCAGGAGCUUCGUCAGUUCCUUGCCAACGAGUCGCAAAGAUCGCAGAUCCAGUCCCAAACACAUGCGCUCACCGAGAUCUGCUGGAAAAAGUGUGUUACGGGCUCCAUUCGAGGAUCCAAGCUGGACAAUGGCGAGGAGAAAUGUCUAGCAAAUUGCGUCGACAGGUUUUUGGACGUCAACUUCUUGACCAUGAAGCACCUGAACAGCAUGCGCUCUGGUUAACAAUUUUUUUUGUACAAAAACAUGAAGAAUCACUGUACUAUUAAAACUGGAAGAUCUUGUGUACCAAAUUAACGACACUCGUCACAUGUACAGUCCAAAA